AUGAUUCGACGUGAAGCACGGCUUCGGCGUGAAUACAUAUAUCGAAAAAGCGUGGAAGCGACGCAGCGUGCACUGGACGAGAAACGACAGUUGGUGAAGAAAUAUGAGAUGCGUCUGAUGUUCCCGAAUGCUCAACGUAUCAAUCGUGGCCAUUAUGAUAUCAAAAAGCUUGUACAGGCUUGUAAAGCCAACGAUGUUACCGAUUUCAUAUUAUUGCAAGAAACGCGUGGUAAUCCGGACACAAUGAUUGUUUGUCACCUGCCGUUUGGACCAACUGCAUAUUUCACGCUAACAAAUGUGGUGAUGCGACACGAAGUACCGGACUGUGGAACGAUCUCUGAGGAAUAUCCCCAUCUGAUAUUCAAUGGUCUCACUUCACGCCUCGGUCGCAGGGACUUCAUCAGUUUCCGGCAUCACACGUACAGUAAGGACGAGCAUGGUGAAAUAGUACUGAAAGAAAUUGGCCCUCGAUUUGAGAUGAGGCGUAAGUUUUAUGACUUUGAGUAA